ACAUUUUUCAUUGCCUCAGGAAAUGUGUUUCAUAUGGGUCUGCACAAGAUCCUUCGCUCGUCGCCACCCGAAGAUUUUUGUAGGAUUCUUGCAUCCAUUCGCAGUACUUUUUGUGCUGGUGACCACCGUCUUUUUUGUGGUGUUGCAACUGUUUUACGUGGUGCCCAACCUAUUCAAAACCGAUACAUUGAUGCACAAACUAGCCUGGCUGGUGGCCAUCUUUAUAACGUACAAUAUCUUUGGCAAUAUGCUGGCUUGCUACCUCACAGAUACUUCGGUUCAGAGUCUGCCGAGGGAUCGGCAAAUGCCGGAACCGGGAGAAGUGCACCUCUGGGAUUUUUGCGAUAUCUGCGAGAAGUCGAUGCCUCCGAGGUCCUGGCACUGUGUCCUGUGCAAUCGCUGCAUUUUGAAGCGCGAUCAUCACUGCAUCUUUACGGCAUCUUGCAUUGGGCAUAAUAAUCAGAGAUAUUUCUUCUGGUUCACCUUCUAUAUGGCCUUAGGGACUUUCGUGGCCCUGACAACUCAUACCCUGGUUGUUUUACAAUAUUGCAGGUAUAUGAACUUGGUUUUCUUGGACUUUCGUGAUGUUAUUGGUCUUCCAACUUGGCUCCUUGUGACCCUGUUCGUCAAUAUCUACGCAUUUGCUGCCCCAGGAUCUGCCUUGAUUGUUCAGUUUAUGGCAAUACGUAUAAAUGGCACUUUGCAUGACCUUUAUAGUGAGAGGUACAACAGAGGGAUACGGAGGAAUUUCAAGAUGAUUGUGGGUAAGAAGGGUCUAUGGACUUUCCUUUCGCCUACCAUUAAAAGUCCUUUGCCACAUGACGGCACAAAGUGGUUAACUAAAGAGAAGGACAUCAUAGACAUCCAUAUGUAAUAGAUGUGUACUU